AAGAUUUCAACAAGAUCAACAAUUAAGACAACCUUGGCAACAACUACAAUUCCAUUAUCAAAGAUAUCAAUGACUCAGGAGACAAAAACGACAGCAACAAAACCAACAAAAAUAUCAUUUCCUCAAAAAGCUAAAACUAGAAAUAAACCAACAAUUCCAAAAUUACUUUCAACGAGAACACCUUUAACAACAGAAGUUACAACAAAAAGAACAAUAAAAACCAAUUUCCCGAAUCGGACAACUACUCAACAAACAACAUCCAAAAAUAUUUUGAGUAAAUUUUUAAGUUCUGCACCAGGAACUUUGAACAGUCCUUUGCCACCACUGUCUUCAACAGCAGAGAUUGUCAAAACCUCGAAAACGACACAUGUUGUUAUAACUACUGUGAUUCUGAUGGUAGGAGUGGUAGUAGUAGAAGUGACUAUUAUAAUUGUGGGUAUCCUAGUGGUCAGACGAUGCAGACAACAACGAAACAACACAAGACCCAAUAAAGCAAAUGACCGCCGAGCUGUCUCUAAUGUAUAUGCCACUUCUCCUGAUGAGGCAUGUGAUGAGAAUCAAUAUAAGGAUGUCUCUGAAGGGGUUUAUGAUACAACUUUAAAACGACGAUCUCAUGUCAACUGUAGCUCAAAUGAAUAUUCCACAGGAAGUUUCUAUUCUCGUAUGUUUCGAGGUUCAAACAAUGACAGAAGAAGACCAAUAGAAGAAAAUCUACCAAUGUCUUGAAUAUGAAGAGAUUAAAAACGGAAAUAAAUUACUUUUACCUAAGACAAACAAAGGUUUACUGUGUGAUCUUUUGUGGUCGGAUCCUGACAAAAUGGCUGAACGAUGUUAUUGUGUGUUCAUGUUUAACAAUGUUUUCUUUUAUUGUUGAAUGUUUUUUUUUUAAAUCUUACCCUAAAUGAAAUAUUCUUGGCUCAUUCCUACCGUCUGUAGUUUUGGCGAUAAAGAUAUUUAGGAGAAAUUUUAUGUCAAACUAAUGUUAUCGAAAAUAAAUUCAUUUUAUGUU